CGCGCGAAAAAAUUGUGACAUCAUAAGUGUUUGAUCAAGACGGGGAGGUGGAGUAUCAAAAUGUGUGCAGUAAAAUUUUGUUUGCCUGUGGCCUUGCUGCUGUCGUCUGUCCUCGGCCAGUCGCCAUCGAAGUGGUCUCCAUACAUGCUGCAGAUAGGGAGCCAGCAGUACAUGGUGCAAGGGGCACCCAUGCAAGACCUUCAGGGUCAAGCAACAGAAUACAGCAACUUCAACUUCGGGCCACAGAACGGCGGACAAUCUUACGGGCAAGAGUUCACGAGUCAAGGUGAAGGCUUCCCAAACGACGGGCAACAGUUCGACUCUAAAGACUUCGGACAAAACAAUCUAAAGCACGAUUUCAAUAAUUUUAAACCACACUCGUACAACGUACACCAGCACGUAGAAGAAGAAAACCCAGAACCAAUAAAGCAUUACAAAGAAGUAGUGGUACCAUUGCCUAAAAACGUAGAAUUCAAAAUAAACCAACCAAUUAUAAUACCGGUACCACACCCGGUUCCAAUUCACGUACCGGUACCAAAAGCGGUCGUGAUACCGAUUGUCAAAGAAGUAGCGAUACAAGUUGAGAAAUCGGUACCUUAUCCGGUAGAGAAAACUGUUCAUGUACCAAAGAUCAAAGAAGUACCUUUUGAAGUGGUUAAGCAUAUUAUUGUGCCGGUAGAGAAACCGUUCCCGUUUAAGGUACCGGUUUACGAAACCGUUAUUCAUAGUAAGAAAGGGUCGUAUAAAAUUUAAGAUUGUUUUUUUUUUGUUGUAGCUUUCAUUAUUUAUUCAAAAACAUUUUACAACUGAAGUUUAAUAUGGCAUUAGGUUUGCAUAGAAAUACAUUCGCGGACAAUGAAAAGGUUCCACACUCUAGGUAAUUUUCUAUGUCACUGAAACUUUUUUAUUUAAAUUAGGCCUUUUUAAAAUAGCGCCUCCACAUUCUAUCGGCUUUAGUGUUUAGUUAUACUGCUAUUACAACGUGAAGUACUUAAAUGAAAUCAAAUUACUUAUCAGUUUUCGUUAAAGUUUAACAUUAUUUUUAUAUAUUUGUUUGGGUGAAUGAAUGCUGUUUUGUUAUAUUA